CCCACCACGCUGGAAACGGCUACGCAAUAGUCUCUCGACCUCAGCAGCAGCCAUGCCACCACAUUUCGCCAGAACAUGGACAUGCGAAGAGCUCCUCAGAGGACACGCAACGAAGAAGUACGCGCUCAUCAUCGUAAACCAGCCCAUCCGUAAAGACCUUCUGCAGCGAGCAUGGCAAGCCGUAGACAUCAGACUCUGUGCAGACGGAGGAGCGAACAGGCUCUUUGACGUGGAUCACGAGAGCCAAUAUCUUCCCGACCUUAUCAAAGGCGACCUCGACUCUCUUCGUCCCGACGUUCAAGCCCAUUACGCUUCCCUUAAAGUACCAAUCAAGAAAGACGAGGACGAAUACUCUACCGAUCUCAUGAAAUGUAUACAAGAAGUGCCCGAAGACUAUGCCCUCGUUCUACUUGGCGGAUUGAGUGGACGCGUGGACCAGACUGUUCAUACAAUGUCCAUGCUGCAUAAAAUGGACAGGGAAAUUUAUGUUUUGGAUAAAGAGUCCAUGGCUUGGGUGUUGAGGCCUGGUCAACACGAAAUUCAUAUUGAUCACAGCACCAUGGGUCAGACAUGCGGUAUCUUGCCAGUGGGCAUAGAUAGUGCUCACGUCAGGACCAAAGGUCUCAAAUGGGAUGUCGGCAAUCUGUCCACUUCAAAUCAUUUGCUCCCGGAAGAACCAGUAGUAUGGAUCGAAACUUCAAGGCCUAUCCUCUGGACAGUUGAGAUAAGACAGAUAGAAUAGAAAAAUUGGAUCAGAUGCGAUAGUAGUAAAAGUAUAAUACUUCACAUUCAAACUUGGCCAUGUACUCCUC